AUGCUACGCUCAACUAUGGGCCUGGGCAGAGCCCGGGUCCCGUCUUUGCGACAACCGGUUCCUGGCCGUUUCUCUAGGCUCAACCCGGUGGUUCCACGGCCAUUUGGGGCAAUGAGGCUGGCAUCCACAGUCACUGACCUUGAAAGCUUCCCUGCCGUCGGUGAGAAGCUUCAUGGAUUUACCGUUCGGGAGAAGAAGCAUGUUCCGGAGCUCCACCUGACUGCAGUGCGGCUCACCCAUGACAAAACCGAUGCGGACUACCUUCAUGUGGCUCGGGAUGACAAGAACAAUGUGUUUGGUAUUGGUUUCAAGACCAAUCCUCCUGAUGCGACGGGUGUACCGCAUAUUCUGGAGCACACCACCCUUUGUGGAAGUGAGAAGUACCCUAUUCGCGAUCCCUUCUUCAAGAUGCUUCCUCGUUCUCUCUCAAACUUCAUGAAUGCCUUCACCUCCUCUGACCACACCACAUACCCUUUCGCGACUACCAACUCCCAAGACUUCCAAAACCUUCUAUCGGUAUACCUUGAUGCGACUCUUCACCCCCUUCUCAAGGCAGACGAUUUCCGACAGGAGGGCUGGCGGUUGGGCCCCGAGGACCCGCGUGCUUUCCUCCCUGCAGAGGGACAGCCGGAGAAGAAGGCCCAAUUGGAAGACAUUGUGUUCAAGGGUGUUGUUUACAAUGAGAUGAAGGGCCAGAUUUCGGAUUCCAACUACCUCUACUACAUUCGCUUCAAGGAGAGCAUUAUCCCGGCUCUCAACAACUCAGGCGGUGACCCAGAGUAUAUCACCGACCUCACCCACCAGCAGUUGACGGAGUUCUCGAAGCGCAACUACCACCCAAGCAACUCCAAGAUUUUGACCUAUGGAGAUAUGCCUCUUACCCGUCACUUGGAACAGAUUGGAGCUGUCUUGGAUGGUUUCAACAAAGGAGAAGCUGACACCGAAGUGAAGCAGCCUCUUGAUCUGAGCCAAGGCCUGAAUAUCACAGUACCUGGACCUAUCGACACCUUUUCGAGCGAGGAUAAGCAACACAAGACAUCCACAUCUUGGUACAUGGGAGAUUCAACGGAUACCGUUGAGACCUUCUCCGUCGGAAUCAUUUCCUCCCUCUUCCUCGAUGGAUAUGGCUCGCCCAUGUAUCGGGCUCUGAUUGAAAGCGGCUUGGGCUCCUCCUUCACCCCCAACACCGGCUUGGAUUCCUCUGGCAAGGUCCCGAUCUUUUCCAUCGGUGUCACUGGUGUCAGUGAAGCGGAGGCUCCCACUGUGAAAGACGUGAUCCAGAAGGCUUUCCGGGAGUCCGUCCAGGCUGGAUUCAGCGAAGAGAAGGUCCGUGGCUUCCUCCACCAGUUGGAGCUUUCUCUCCGUCACAAGACAGCGAACUUUGGCAUUGGAGUUAUGGAGAAGACCAUUUCGUCCUGGUUCAACGGCGCCAACCCGAUGAAGGAGCUGGCUUGGAAUGACGUUAUCGAGGAGUUCAAGAGGAGGUAUGAGAAGCCCGGUUAUCUGGAGUCUCUGGUGGAGAAGUACCUUCUCAAUGAUCGUUGUAUGACGUUCACGAUGGUUGGAUCUCCGACCUUCAAUAAGGAGCUUGAUCAGAAGGAGGUUGUGCGCAAGGACAAGAAGCUUGCUCAGCUCAUUGAGGAGCAUGGCUCAGUUGAAAACGCUGUGGCUAAUCUCACCACCGCAGAGCUUCAGCUGUUGAAGGUUCAAGAGGAUGCUCACAACGCCGAUUUGAGCUGCCUUCCCACCCUGCGAGUCAAGGACAUCUCCCGCGAGAAGGAGCGUAAGCCCGUCCGCGAGUCGAAGAUUGACGAUACGGAAGUCGUCUGGCGUGAGGCUCCCACCAAUGGUUUGACCUAUUUCCAGGCCGUCAACGCUUUCCAGGAUCUUCCUGAUGAACUGCGACUGUUGAUGCCGCUUUUCAAUGACUGUGUUAUGCGCUUGGGUACUGCAACCCGCUCAAUGGAACAGUGGGAGGAUCUCAUCAAGCUAAAGACUGGGGGCAUCUCCACUUCGUCCUUCCUCGUUUCUUCUCCGACUCAGGUCGACCAGUUCAAGGAGGGAAUGCAGUUCUCUGGCUUUGCCCUCGAUAACAACAUCCCCGAGAUGUUGGACAUGCUCUCUACUCUGGUCACGGAGACUGAUUUCUCAAGCCCCGCCGCCCCUGCUAUGAUUCAAGAACUCCUGCGCUUGACCACUAACGGAGCUUUGGAUUCCGUUGCCUCGACCGGUCACCGUUUCGCUGUGAAUGCCGCCGCGGCCAAUCUAUCCCGCAGCUUAUGGAUCCAGGAGCAACAAUCCGGUCUGGAGCAGUUGCAAGCUACCGCAAACCUUCUCCGUGAUGCGGAGACCUCUCCUGAUCGUCUUCAGGAGUUGAUUGAUAAGCUCCGGCUGAUCCAGUCAUUUGCAAUCUCGCGGUCGUCUGGCCUCCGUGUUCGUAUGGUCUGCGAGUCAGAGAGUGCCUCCCGAAAUGAUGCAGUCCUGCAGAAGUGGCUGUCUGGAUUGCCACAGGUCUCUUCGCCGCGCGCAUCAACCGCGCCAUCAUUCAAGUCUGUUGACAAGGCUUUCUAUGAUCUCCCCUACAAGGUCUACUACUCUGGUCAGGCUACUCAGACUGUGCCAUUCACCGACCCGGCUAGUGCACCCCUUACCGUACUAUCGCAGAUGCUCACUCACAACUACCUCCACCCCGAAAUUCGGGAGAAGGGUGGUGCUUACGGAGCGGGUGCUAGCAACGGUCCCCUCAAGGGCAUCUUCACCUUCAUGAGUUACCGGGAUCCCAAUCCUACGAACUCGUUGAAGGUCUUCCAGAACAGCGGUAUCUUCGCUAGGGAUCGCGCUUGGUCCGAGCGUGAGAUCGAGGAGGCCAAGCUUGGCAUCUUCCAAGGCCUGGAUGCUCCAGUCAGUGUUGACGACGAGGGUGCUCGCUACUUCAUGAGCGGUGUCACCCACGAGAUGGAUCAGCGCUGGAGAGAGCAAGUCUUGGAUGUCACUGCCAAGGAUGUGAACGAAGUUGCUGAUCGCUUCCUGGUGAACGGCUCCCGCAAGACAACCUGCGUCCUCGGUGAGAAGAAGGACUGGGCUGACUCUGAAUGGGAGGUCCGCAAGCUUUCCAUGGGUCAGCAAGAUGAUGCUCCCGCUGCUUAG